UUGUGCAAUUUAUUCUGUGUCUUUAAAAUUUCUUUAUCUCGUACUGCGGAUUUUACAUACAGAAUGGAUGCAGAAAACAAAUUUGAGACUGGUCAUUUAAUUGGUAGUUAUCAAGUAAUGUCUUUGACCGCAUGUGUGUCAAUGUGUACAGGCAAAUGUUUGUGCCUUGGAUAUAAUUCAGAUACAAGACAAUGUCGAUUACAUCUAAAUUGCAGCAUCAGUGAAAUGAUAUCAGGAACAGGGUGGAAAUACUACACGGUCAAGUGGUCCAAAGAUUGUCUAGAAUUAUAUCAGAAGGGACACAGAAUUUCCGGAGUAUAUACAAUCAACCCUCGGUCUACCAGCAACAUUCCCAGUGACAUCUUUUGUGACAUGAGUAAUUCCGGAGGCGGUUGGACGGUUAUUCAGAAACGCUUAGACGGAUCUACGAAUUUUACCCAGAAUUGGGACGCCUAUAAGAAUGGAUUUGGCAAUCCUUUUAAAGAAUAUUGGAUUGGUAAUGAAGUAAUUUAUGAAUUAACUAAAGAUCGGGGCAGCUCCUUGUAUGUCGCCAUUACCUUGAAAAAUGGUUCCACUUUAUAUGAAGUGUAUGAGACAUUCGCCAUUUCAAAUGAAGCGGGCAAUUAUAGGCUAUUCAUAGACGGCAAGGUCUCUGGAACUCUGGGGAACAGCAUUUCCGAGAGACCUCCAAAUGACGUCAUCAACAACAUGAUGUUUUCGACACCAGAGAGAGACAAUGAUGGAAUAUACAUACACUGUGCCAAGAAUCACAAAGGCGGGUGGUGGUUCAAUGGUUGCCACGACGCUUACCUGAAUGGACCUUACGGAUCAUCGUCAUGGGAUCAACCAUGGUUCCCUGUAUUGUCCAAAGGGACAGAGAUUGAGAAAACAGCGAUGAUGAUUAAGAAGAAAUCAUCACCUUAAAGCAGAUUCAGAUAAAGUGAAAACGUCGCCAUUUCCCACCUAAAAUAUCAUCACAUUCUAUGUACCGGUAUAAUUUUUUAUAAUGCAAAAUCUUUGCCAUGUCCGUUUUGUAGAUUAUUCAUAAUCACUGACAUUUUAUCUUAAGGUUCAUUUACCCUAUGAUAAGAGAGAUAAC